AUGACUAAAUCGGUUGGUGAUGAAGAGUCACAGUACAUUGAGGACCCUAGUUUUGCAGCAGCAGCUGCAUUUACUGGCGGCAGGGACGGGGUUUCGUACAGUAAUCAGCGAUUUGCUGAGGGUUCCGGCCAUUCUUCUGACUUAGCAAAGUCAUUAGAAGACUAUCGGCCUCCUGAUGAAAAGCCGUCCUCAUUGUCAUCUGUGGGGGAAGGUGGCGCUAAUGAGGAAGAGAAGGGCGGUAACGACGGCGGUCCCUUGGCAAGAAUUCAAACAGGGCUUUUUUCUCCAAGACUGCGAAAUCAUAGGAAAAAGAUUCUCUCGAAGUUUGUUUUGAACAACUUCUUCAUUGCUUGUGUGUGUGUAUCGCUCAUAUCGAUUUACUGGGGUGCCUGUUACGGAACAGAUCGUUACUUUUUCAAAGUGAAAAAUAUUGUUGUAUUGCAGGAUGCGCCAUCUAAUACUUCAGUUCAAUCUAUUUCCGCGAUCAUACCCUCAUUGUUAGCGUCUGUCCCCGGGACAUGGCAUAUAUACAACGCAACAUCAUUUCAUAGGAAAUUUGGUACGACGAACUCCACCGAAAUUGACAGAAAGAUAGUCGAUUUAAUUUACGAUGAGAGAUACUGGCUGGCGUUAAACGUUAAACCUAAUGCUACAGACACUUUGUAUAAUUCUUUGAUUAGCCAAGACGCAAACUCGGAGUUCAAUUCAUCAAUUUUUUUUGAAUCCGUGUUUGAAAGUGGUCGUGACCCAUCGAGUGUUAAAUCGACCAUUCUACCACUCAUGCAACAAUUGGAGGUCCGCCUUCAGAAAUAUUACGUCAAGGAAUAUCUUCCCUCAUUGAUGAGCAACAUCACUUCUAAUGACAGAGAUCUUAAUAUAAACAUGGAGAACUGGGCGAUUGCAGGACAGUUGUUGUUCACCUACAACGAUUAUCGUCCCUUUGCUGAUCGUAUUCUAAUGGCCCCUCUGCAGGUCGGUCUGAUUUAUUGUAUUUUGUUAACCGUUUUACAACUGUCAUUAUAUGGUAAGUUGCACGGAGAAAUGGCCAGAGUUCUGAAGCCAAAGCAUAUUUUAAUCUACAGGCUUCUAAUUUCCUGGGCAACUUAUUUUCUUCUUUCCAUUGGAUUCUGUACCGUAUCUGCAAUUUUUAGGAUCGAUUUCACCCCCGCCUUUGGCAGAGGAGGAUUCGUAGUAUAUUGGAUGUCUACGUGGUUGGUAAUGAUGGCUGUUGGUGGUGCCAAUGAAAACGUUCUCAGCUUAGUUAUAGCUUACUGCCCUCCAUACCUGAGUAUUUGGUUGAUGACGUGGAUCAUAUUAAAUAUUUCUGCUUCAUUCUACCCAAUGGUUUUGAACAACGAAUUUUACAGGUACGGCUACAUAAUGCCAAUCCAUAAUGCCGUGGAUAUCUAUAAAGUGAUUUUUUUGAAUUUAACCAAAAGAAAAAUGGGAAGAAAUUACGGUAUUCUCGUGGCAUGGGUUGCCCUCAAUACAUCCUUGAUGCCAUUUUGUAUGAAGUUUGCAGGUAAAAAAAUGCAAAAAAAUGCUAUGCAAGCAGCAGAAGCCGCUGUCGCAGCAGCUACCCAGCGUGCUAGCCGCCCGGCAGAGGCCAAUACUGAUAAAAAUAACAACCCGCCCGGAAAUUAA